CUAUUUGAGGGAGGAGAGGAGGAUGACCCCACCAUGUCCUUGCCCGACCUCGAUGACCGUCUCCCACCAGUCCCUCCACUCCACCGCCCACUCAACCCAUCCCAGGUACCUGUCGUCACACCCCCUGAUGACACUGCACCACCAGCUGCCAGUCAGGACCCAGGGGAUGAUGAGUACAUAGGACCUGAUGGGGUUAGUGGAUACCAGCACGUGGUCCUCCUGGCCACUAGUCAGCCACUGCCACCUCCACCCAGUCUGUCUUCCACCUCCCUCCCUAUAACGCCAGUCUUCCAAGACCUGCCUUUGACCUCCACUCCUCUUCCCCCUCCUGCUGGUGGACCCAAGGUUUCCAGGACCACCGAAUGGAGGAGGAGGAAGAAGCUGGAGUCUGGCAUUAAAGUCAGAGCGCACAAGCCAUACGAAGGCUAUAAGUGCUCUAAAUGUGGCAAGCCUAAAACUUCUGAGUUUGGACACAGUAUGUAUGGUUCUGUGAGAUUCUGUGCCGCUACCUCUGGUGGCCAAACUGUGGAGGAGUGACUGGCACUCAUGAGGACCCAGCAUGGUGCUAGCCAAGGCCAGUAAAAUCUGACUCGUGUGUACAUUGUAAAGUUGUUUUUGUACGUAUGUUCUUUGUAAAAAAAAAAAUGUACGACGUUCAUUG